AUCCAAUCAUUCGAAGACUAAAUAGAGGACACUGAUACAAUUGGAAUAGAACUAUGGCACCUCCAAAGAAGAUGACCCUAGAGGAGUUCUUCAAAGAUGAAACUUAUGGAGGCUCCUGGGCAGACGCUGAUGUUGACAUGUCGUCAAUAUCAGUUCCCAUUGAGAAGUACAGUUCGGGAUUCGACUCAUUUUCCCCACGAUCAGGAUCAGGCAGGGCAAGCUCGUCAAGAGGAGCAGCAGGAGGAGGAGGAGUGGCUGUUGGCCCACCAUAUAUCGUCAAAUUAUUAAGUAUUCCCAUGACUGCAAAUGACGGCUUUAUUGAGGAUCUAUUUCAAAGCAGAUAUACUCCGUUUGUAAAAUUUAAGAUACUUGUUGAUCCAUCGUCUGAUAUCUUGGAAACCCAUAUUAUUCGCAAGGUAGCAUUUGUGGAAUUGGAGUCGUCUCAAGAAAUGGCCAAAGUGUUGAAAUGGUAUGAUCUAUACUACAAGGGAAACAGACGAGUUAUUGUUGAGCCAGCCGAUUUUGCCGAUUUCCAAUAUUGCAUUAAGUUUAACCAAGAACAUGAACGAGAAAUCCAAGAAAUUCAAGAUGAAUUCUUUGCCAAUAAACAGCACCGAAACCAACCCAGGCACAUGGCUCUACUUGACCAGUUUGAUCUAGACAGCCAUGGCCAUAUCCAUGGUCGUCGUCCAUCGCGCUCACCAAACAGAUACGAACCACCACUGAGAUCACCAUCAGGAAGAUAUGACGGGCAUCUGAAUAGAUAUCCUAGAAGACAAUCGUUUGAAGAUCUUCCACCCCGUCGCGGACUGUAUCUGCAACAACCACCACUCGCUCCUUUAACACCUCAUUCAUCUUCAACCACCACAGAAGCAACCCCAGCAUUAACUCCUAAACCUAACCCUUUUGGUGCGGCUAAACCAGUUGACACAGCUCAUAUUUCUACUUCGACGGCUCCUGCAAAACCUAAAUCCAACCCCUUUGGAGCAGCUAAACCAGUGGAUACGCUUUCCCGUCAACUUGAAAUUGAAAAGAAAUUGAUUAAUUUAAACAAAACCACCGUACAAACUUUAGGUGAUGAUGAAAAAGUAGAUGUAGAAGGAGUGAUUAAAGAAUUCCACGAAAGUGCUUCACCUACUCUCAGAAGAAAUUCAAUAAACACUCCGCCUAGACGGGCUUCUUACAACGAAAAGAAAGUUACUAUUUUAAAGAAAGACCAACUGGAUGAACAACCCAAAUCUGCACCAAUUAAGAUUGAAAAACCACCACAAGAAACGAAAGCCCAAUUACCUCCCACCGAGAGACCUUCUCCUUCGGGAGGAUCAUAUGUUCCAAAUGGCACUGGGAAGUCAUUGGCAGAAUUAUUAAGUGAGGGUGCAUCCUCUGGAACUUCGACAGGAGGGAAAAACACUCCUAGAAAUUCAACUCCUAAACCAGUGGUUGCAAAGCCAAUUAUAUUAAAGAAGAAAGUUCCUACUUCUCCACAACCUGCCAAAGUUGAUUUGACUAUUAAGGAAGGUGAAUACUUGAAACAACAAGCUGGAUCACAAAAGAUUGAACCUAAACAACCGUUAAUACCUAUGGAGAUACCAAUAUUAGUACAACCAACACCACCACAGCAACCACAAAAACCACAAAAAUCACAAAAAGUUCAAGUUGAAGAGAAGAAGGUUGUAAUGGUUACUAAGAAGCUAGAAGGGUUCGAGAUUACACCCGAAGAAAAACCAGCUACCAAUGGAACGUCAGAUCAAGGAGCUAAAACCGAUGAUGAAGACAGACCUGAUUUUAAAAAGUUGAGUGAAAUUGUCCAACGUAAUGAAGAAAAGAGAAAUCAGAAUUUGAAUAAACGUGGUGGUGGGCCACAGAGAAAGUUCCGUAACUCAUUCUCUAGUGGCCGUGGUAGACUAGAAAGAAACUGGAGAGAGGGAGAUUCUAGUGGGCGAGAAACAAGCGAGAGCAUCAACAAGAGUGAAGAAGGCAAUAUCUCUAAUAAGUUUCGUUCUACUCCAAGAUCUACCUCUCCUACAAAACCAGAGCCAAGUAAUGUUCACAAACCAAAGACAGAAGAGAAAGAAAAAGCUCCAGUUGUAAUUGAAGAGAGUACCGCUAAAGAAACUAUAGAAUAUAAUACGCUUGAAAAGGUUACUUCUAACAGAUCAGAAGAAGGAUCGGAAACGAGAGGCAGAGGGGGAUGGCGAGGACGUGGCAGAGGAAGGGGUAGAGGUAGAGGAGGAUUCAGAGGCCGAGGACCGCCCCGCGGCCACAAUCUCCAUUAUGUGAGACCUAAACCAGGUAAUGAACAACUGAAUAAUAUUAAAGCAGAAGGGUAAACUAGAAGGGGGAGGACCUAGAAAAAAUAAUUAUGUAUAUUAGUAGUAGAAAGUUUGUAAUUUUCCUUUUAAUUUAUUUAAUUGCA